AUGACAGGAUGUCGGCGAAUUCCGCGAGUGGGAAUUUUGCCCAAACCCAACAACACUCGACAACACCACCAUCACCACCCUCUUGCUCACCCACCACGAACACGUCACCUCGUCACCACCAUCGCCUCGUCAAUAGCGACCACCACGACCACAACGGAUGACGACAACACGCGACCACAACAACAACAAUGGGCCAUGACAGAUGACAACAACAAACAACCACGGCACACAAUGACGACCCCACCCACGGACACGACAACCACCCACGAACCACAAGCACCCACCGACACGACAAACAAGAAAGACGAGGGACAGCGACGACCCCCUCCCACCUGCCAACCGUAA